AGACGAUUGAGUUUCAACCACUAAAAAUUAUAGAAUAAAAAGUUUUGUAGUGUGUGGAAGUGGAUUAUACUUGUUAGAAUGAAGCGCGGAAGCCGCAUAAAUAAUAAAAACCAUAGUAGAUGGUUAUUUACACUUAUAACAUUGGCUUUGGUCUACUGUCUCUAUGUAGAACAGGUCGUGGGUUUACCUUCUGAUGCAUCCAAGAAUACUUGGCCUACAUUUCCACGAAGAAAUAUCGCAGCUCUAGCUAGAGAUGGCUAUCUUAAGAGUAUGACAUCUGGUAUUAAAAGAAGUAUUUCAACGCUGGCUAAAAAUGGACAGCUCCCAACGUUUAGAUCGCCUUACGACGAAACUGACAAACAGGAGCAAGACGAUGAAGAAGUGCAAGAGAAAAGGAACCUGGCUUCAAUUGCGCGGCUUCGGAGCUAUUCGGCAAUGAAAAGAAACGUACAAUCACUUGCAAGAGAUGGUUACCGUUUCGGACGAGGUCAAUACAGCCAGUCGAAUGAGAAACGCAAUAUUGCUGCACUUGCACGAAAUGGCUUAAUUCACAAAAGGGAUGAAAUUAUGGGUGAUGAAUAUUAUUUUCCAUUUUACCAAAACCCUGUACCGCCAUUAACUGAAAUAGACGGGCCACUUGAUUUCAAUGAAGUGUAUGAUUUCCAACAAUCUAUAAAUCCUGAAAUGCUGCCGCCACUCUCACAGGUUUUUAAACGUAGUGAUGUUGGAUUUUUUCCUGAUUCAUUAAAUACUAAAAUGGAUUACGAUGGUAACUGGUAUCUUAAGCGCGGUGCUGUUGGGAUGCCAGCACAUGGACUUUAUAGACCAAUUUACAUUGAAACCAAUGGAAACACGAGAAAUAAAAGAUCCAUAUUUUCUCUGCCCGAUGUCCUUGAUCGUAAUGAUAUUUCCCUACCAGAAGAUUACGAGAACGACAACGAUGAUAAAAGAUCAGUUGAUGAAGAUGAUCUCGAUGUAAAGCGUGAAAAAUUCGUAAAGCGUCAUAUUGGCUCAUUGGCUCGGUUAGGUUUAUUGCCUUCAUUUAGGUUUUCGGGUGGCCGCUACAGUAGGUCUGGAAGAGCUAGACUGCUUUUACCUAGUCAAGAAUUAUACAGGAAGCAUUCCGCUGACGAGAAUUUCGGGAUUAGGCAAUAUAUCGCUGAUUCCGAAGUUGACGCAGCCAUCGAUUCAGACGACUCCAACCUACCGUCGCCGCCAAUACCUGCUAACUCGCACCCGACCGGAAGGUACCUCCACCGUUCGUUGAGCAACGAAAUACCUAAUACCCCUUUACCACAAUCUCCUUUGUCCCUUUCUUAUUCCAACACCCCGAAGGACCCCUGGCAGAUAAAGGAAAACCCGAAGUUCUAUUAUUUUAGGUCUCUCAAAGUUCCAUACCACGCUUCAGACAAGAGAUAUUUGCUUCUUCCCGCUGUGGAUAAUAUUCUAUUGAGGAAGUCGUACCGCAACAGCAGUCUUCCUAGCCGUCGUAAAAAUCAGUAGCUAUGCGGCUGUAAGUCGGGUGGCUCAAAGUCACGCGGCUUAUAAUGAGCCAAAUCAUGUCAACCUGGGGAUACUAAAUUUCAUCAGUCAAUUCUAUAAGUGUUAAUCCUUUGAUAACCUUAAACCAAGAUUAUUGAUUGAAAUUUUAGUAUUUUCAGGAUUAAACUUUUUGGACUCAUCCGUUUGAGAACGGCUUCGUUGUAGGGCAAAGAAAAAUUAUAUUUUUAAAUUAUAUAAUAUUUUAAUUCAGAAAGCGGGAACCUUUUGAUGCUUUUAACUCAGACAAUAACACUUGGUGUACUUAUAUUGAUGUUAUAAUCUAUUUAAGGUAUAUAGAACUGCGUUACGCCAAAAUAAAAGGCUAGCAGUUAGGAUAAUUCAUACUAUAAAUAUUAAAUGACAAAUUGUAACCAAACUCUUUUAUGAUGUCAUUUUAGAUUUUAAAAUAAAAUAUAUUAGGCAUUGUUGUCAAUCGCAAAUUAUGUGUACCUAUUAAUGAUAUAAAAAUUUGAGAUUAGUCUUCUAUCAUGAAACGAGAUAAAAUAUUAUAAAAAUAAAUUCCAAAUUAUUAAAGAGUUCUAAUGUCUACCAUCUUGCGUAUUGCGGCAUGGUCUCUUUUCUGACUAGAAUUAGCUGUGUUUGACAAAUAAAUAAUAUAAAAACGUAAUAUAUAUUUUAUUAAAUAUUGUAGUAGGCAAAUUAACUUGUUAUUUAAGAUUCCUGUUUGCGAAUAACUUCGACAAUAAAAGCAACUUUCCGUGAUCAUAUUAAAUAAAGAUUUUGAGACAUUUAUACUGUAGUAUUCUUUCAUAUAUCCUUUUAAAGUUGAUAAGUAGUGACCCGGUCUUGCAGUAGUUGUUUAUAGUAGUAAAUUAAAUAUAGAAAAAAAAUCACCAUGAAAGUAACUAUGACAUCUAUGACUACUUAAGAUUUAGUCAAAAUUAAAUCACAAAUUGACUAUUCUUUCUUCUAAAACUUACGGAAAUUUCCGCGCACAAUGAAUAUAGGAAAAAAACCUUUUUCUGUCAAACAAUUCCUCCACAAAUUAAAACAAAUAUUGUCAUUAUAAAUAAAAUGCAUUAAGAGUAGUGAUAAAAAAUAAAUAUAAUUUAGUAGCAAUAAACAUUUAUUUAAACAAUGAAACACUAAGCCGCGUUACAUAAUUCGUGAUACGGUUGUGGAAACUGAAAAAACAAAA